ACGACUACAGAUUUUAUAAAUUCUUUUCCCAUUGCUAAACGCAUUUAUCAUAGUUGGAAUUAAUUUUCCGGAUUAUAUAACCAGCACCAUGGGCGAUCAAUACAACGAUCAGUACUGGAUGAACCAGAACAGUCAGCCGCAGGAAGCGUACGAUGGCUUCACCGACAAAUCGCAGAUACUGGACUUCCAAACGUUCGACCAAAACAACAGUUUCUACUCGAGCAACAUGUAUCCGGCGUCGCAAUAUCCUGACCCUGGCCAAGGUGCUCCGUUCGGCGCGAUGCAACAGCAAUCCUCCUUCCAUCAGGGUCCAUCGAUCUUCACUCCGACGAUGAUGUCCACACACUAUGGUGAAUCGAUGCACGGUGCCGACGGUGUACCCAACAGUGGCAUGGAUGUCGAUCCUACCGAGUUCGACGAACCACCACUGCUGGAGGAGCUGGAAAUUGAUCCAAAACGAAUCAUGGAAAAAUCACUCGCUGUGUUGAACCCAUUCAAGGCGUCCGCAGCACUUGUCGACGUUACAGAAACAGAUCUGGCUGGGCCAAUAACGUUCUGUCUCACACUUGCCGCUUGCCUGUCUGUAUCGGGCAGCCGGGCCCAGUUUGGAUAUAUCUACGGACUGUCGCUCAUUUCCGUGAUGGUUAUGUUCUGCCUAAUUUCUCUGAUGUGCAAUGUGGCCGAUUCGAAAGUGACGGUCUCGGCCGUCGCUAGCGUACUAGGCUACAGUAUGCUCCCAAUCGUUGGCCUAUCGAUCGUGGGCGUAUUUGUGACGUUGAACAAUGCAUACGGCAUGGCGAUUGCCGGCGCAGCGAUUUUUCUCGCGACGAUGAGCUCUAGCAAGAUGUUCUGUCUAAUGACGGGUGAUCCACAUCAGCGGUAUUUGAUAGCAUACCCGAGUGCACUACUGUACGCAAUAUUUUCUUUGUUAGUGCUUUUCUAAAAGCAGUUUUCGACACGCCGGGCUGAAUGUAAAUUAUUAAACAUCGAUUACAGUUUAGCGUUGAGCGAAAAAACAUUACGUGAAAUUAGUAGUCGUGAAGGAAAUUUUCUAAAAAUCCUGUUGCCACAGUCAAUGUAAAUCCACUGAGCAGUUGGAACCAUCCUUGUGGAACUCCUACGACACUACAAAUCAUACCGAAUUAUUUGAAGUGAAUUUAAUAAGGAUGAAGGUAUUGCGAAUCAUUUAAAAUAUUCCUUUAUUUGAUGUAUCGAAUACUGCAUGCCAUCUGCAAUGCACGAGUAACAUUUUUUAAAUUUAAAAUAUCCUGGAAAUGAAACAUUGUAACACCUAACUUAAUUGAGAAUGAUCCUUCCUGCAAAUAAAAAUGUUUAUAUGUAUACAUAA